AUGUUCAAUUUCAAUUGCAGGACAGGCGCUGAUGCAAGCCAUCAUGAGAAUAUCUUGCACUUGAGGUAAGUUUAGCACAUCUUCAUCCACAUUUCGUACCCUUCAACAGCUGGAUGCAGGUUCACGGCGAUGCGUAUCAGCUGUUCGAAUGCUCGGACCCCAUCUCCCAUCCGUCUCUCAGCACGCCCUCCCUUCGUCAGAGCACCCGUCGCCUGUAAGUAACGAGGUGUGCAUGCCCGUACGCUUCAUCGCACCUAGCCGUUUCUAACCUCCAUCACCAUUCACUCAGCUUCACAGCGGACAAUACCCGCGCACCAGGUCCGACUCUUGCACGUCUCUGUCAAAGUCAACAUGGUACCGCCAGUCGCUUCGAACGCUCCCGCAUCCAUGCCGGAGUCCAGGUCGGCUGAGCAUCGGCCUUCGUCUCAAGCUAUCGGGAAGGCGGUCAAGACUAGCCACGUGCUGCACAUGAAUCUCAAGCAGGCUCCCAUGAAGGCAGAGAGAGCUGAAGGCUGCUAUAUCUAUGGACCAGAUGGCAAGAGGUGGCUGGACGCUUGCGGCGGUGCUGUGAGUGGUGCAGCGCUCACGUAGCUCCUGCGUGCUGCCAUGUCGUAAGGUCUGGCCCGGACUACCGAGUGUACUAGAGCGUUGGAACUGCGCUGCGCUCGACAUUGACAGGUAUCAUGCUCCACGUCUUUGCCCUUCCCUCAACUUCAUCUCAGGCCGUCGUGACAGUAGGACAUGGCAAUCAGAGAGUCGUGUCGGCCUUGUGCGAACAAUUGCAGACGGUCAAUUACUGUCACAGCUUGAACUGGACCACGGACCCUUCUGAAGAGCUGGCCAACUUCCUUUGCAGCUCGGCUCCCAAAGAGGCCGAAUUCGAACGAGCCUACUUUGCUUCUGGUGGAAGCGAGGCUCUGGAAAGCGCCCUCAAGGUGAGCUGCUGCCAAGUCCGAGCAGGUGUUUGUUCGCCUGCUGACGCUUGCACGUCUACUCCACACCGCAUCAGCUUGCAAGAGAGCACUUUUACAAGAAGGGCGAACAUCGUCGCAUCAACUUUAUUGGACGGCAACAAAGCUAUCACGGUACUCUGAUAGGCUCGCUGGGCGUAGGAGGCAAUGUUCCCAGAAGGGCAAUGUACGAAGAGAUGUUGCCGAGCGCAUUCAAUCAUCACGUCUCGCCCUGUUUCCCAUACCGCUAUCAGCGUGACGGUGAGAGCGACCAAGCGUAUGUCGCACGGCUCGAGGAUGAAUUGGAGGCGAAGUUCCAGGAGCUGGGGCCUGACACAGUUGCUGCGUUCGUCGGCGAGACAGGUGAGUCCAGAAUGCUGCUGAUGGGCGCACAAGGACUCGACUCUGAACAUUUGCGAUGUCCUAAACAGUUGUGGGAGCAACGACAGGUGCGGUCGCCGCUGUGCCUGGCUACUGGCAAGCCAUGCGCCGAGUGUGCGACAGGCACGGCGCCCUUUUGAUCAUGGAUGAAGUGAGCGAGAGUCGCGGGAAAGACAAUGCCGCGCUACAAGCUGACUGUGUGUGCAUCGCUCUGCAGAUUAUGAGCGGUAUGGGUCGCACGGGCUAUUUGUGGGCUUUCGAGCACGAACACGUUUAUCCGGAUAUUGUUACCAUUGCCAAGGGUCUUAAUGGCGGGUGAGUCUUGGGAUGCUCGAUGAGGUGUCUCAGUGCUGAUCGUCGUCACUCCCAAUCUCAGCUAUGCGCCGCUUUCGGCGGUCUUGGCCAAUAGAAGGGUAGUGUCAACACUUGAUGCAGAACCAAGAGGUGUCAGCACCUUCUUUACCUACUCCUCUUGGUCCGUAGGAGCGCGCGCGGCGCUCGAAGUGCAGCGCAUCAUCAAAGAGGACAAUCUGGUGGACCAGUGCAAGAGGCGAGGCGUCUUUUUGGAACAUGCGCUGAAAACAGUUCUGGGCGAUCAUCCUCACGUUGGCGACAUCCGAGGAGUGAGUCGAAUGGCGUCCAUCAUUGCAAAGCCAAACACUAUCUGAUGAGGUCGACUCUCUGACUCGCACAGAGAGGACUCUUCUACGGCGUGGAGUUUGUCGCCGAUCGUAAGAGCAAGGAGCCAUUUGCGCCGCAGCUUGGAGUAGCACCGAAAGUGGUCGAAGCGCGUGAGUCGCCUUGGGGGUGACCAGACUCGCACUGGUUCUUGGUGAACAGCCAAUUGACAUCUGAUGACACUUUACACAGUGAUCAAGUCAGCCACCUCAGAAAACGCUGGAAUCGUUCUCUAUCCCGGCAAGGGCACUGUAGACGGUGAGUGUCAAAACACGAUCUGUCCCCCUUCACAAGGUCGCAGCACCAGGCAACGUUGCUCACCCUUGGUGUCCUCCUUGACGUGCAGGAAAAAGAGGCGACCACGUCCUAAUUGCGCCUCCCUACACAAUCAAAGAGGCCGAGCUGACUUAUGUCGCCGAGGGUAUACGAAAAGCUCUAGAUGUAGUGCUGCAGGCUAUCCAGUGA